AUGCAGCUGCUCCUGCUGGCCACGGGGCUGAGCCUCUUCUCUGCAGUGCAGGCUGAGUUGCCUCCACUGGUUCCUGCUCGCGCUGAGGAGCUUCCAGGAACCUGGUACAUGGUACGCUGGGCAGGAGACAUGCCUAUUCCUGAGGAGACCAAAAACCACCCCAUGCCUCCCUUCACCAUGCGCAUAAACAAUCAAAAUAAGUUGGAGUUCAGGAUGAACCUCAUGAAACCCAUUGGCUGCAUUGAGUUCAAGCUGCCCCUGGACUCGGGAACUGCGCCAGGCGCCUUUGUGACCCGGUGGAAGCACACCAUCUACAUCUACUUCCUGCCGGGGAAGACGCACGCCAUCGCCUACUUCAGGGGCUACAUGAACUACAUGUACUACCAGAUGAUGAUGCUCAUGGGUGCGUCCCGCCCUUCCCUGGCUUGUGGGGCCUGCUCAGGACACCAGGGUCUGGGCCUGGAGAAGGUGCACCAGCUCCCAGCCGGCGCCAGCAGCUCCCGCCCCGGGCGCCGUUGCUGA